AUGACAAGCUCCUCAGAACUCACGCAGACUUUGACACCAGCCCUCCUUGAUGACGUGCACAAGUUGUGGUUUGAUCAUCUAAGCUGCGAAGAGUCACUCAUCCUUCCCGAAUGGAGGGAGAUGGGAAAAUGGUUCUCUCGUGAUGAGGCAUUUGACGAGGCAUGCGUCACCCGAUUCGGCCCUGCCCUGGAAGCAAUCGCCAGUUCGGAAGCAUCAGCUGCGCAGAUCCUUUCUACAUGUAGCCCGUCCUCGUCGAUCGAUUGGCUCAGCAUCAUUAUUCUCCUUGAUCAGAUUCCCCGCAAUUGCUACCGGGGGGCCGAGUCGAAGCUAGUAUUUGGUCGCUUUGAUCCGCUAGCCGAGGAGAUCGCCCUUCGGGCAAUCGAAGAAGGUAUCCCGACUCAGUCACCGUAUGUCAAGUAUCGCAUGGCUUAUCGUACUUGGUUCCACAUGCCCCUCAUGCAUUCGGAAAACUUGGCUGUACAUGAGCACGCUGUCAAAGUGCACGAGGAUACAGCCAGAGAUGUAAAUGAGCUUUUGGCCAGGGAUGCAUCGACUCUUACGGAAGAUGAAAGAAAAUGCCAAAGCGUUCUAUCAGAGAAGGCGGAGGCACUCCAGGCGUUCCUGAGCAAAACUUUGGAAUUUGAAAAAAGACAUAAAGUGAUCAUUGAACGGUUCGGACGAUACCCACAUCGGAACCAGGCGCUGGGGAGAGUGCCUACCCCGGAGGAGAUUGAAUACCUGAACAAUGGCGGGGAGACAUUCGGAUGA